CCUCGCCGUCACUUUCUGGCUGUUUUUGAAACGGAGUGUGAAAAUCUGAAGUUUUGUGAAGACAGCUAAGCUAACACUUUACCUCAGAGGGGAGAGGGAGACGCGCGCGCCGGAUGAUGUCCUCAUCAGAAGGAUGCCUCGAAAACACAGGGACCACCUGGCUGAGCGAGAGAGGAAGUCCAAACAUCACUUCCUACGUGCUCUUUACUUAUGGAUGUUCCUACCUCUUGUUCCUCGAGCGGGCGGCUACUUCAUGAGUGACUCUAAGGCUGUCCUGCAGGGCUGCUCUGACUACUGGACACUGCAGGACCGCUGGACCAUGCCACAGCUGUUCCAGAUAACUGUGUGCGUGGAUGUGCGUGUGAUGACCCCGGGUGAGUGGACAGCCUUUAGCUUCACAUCUCCUCGCCCACCAUACUACGACCUGGCCCUGCAGGGUGACGACAGCGCCCUCUAUGCCUGGCUCUUGGGUGUACGGCACCGAUUCCCUGUGCAGCUGGAGCAGGGCCGCUGGUACCAGCUGUGCCUGCGCCGAGAUGCUAUGCAAGACAGCUUCAGCCUGGAGGUCAGUGGAAACCCGGACCCUCAACAGCGCACAGUUAUUGCUCGGGCAACCCCACCCAUAGGGACCCUGAUACUGGGCUGCCAGCCACGGGACGCCUCCCCUGGGGUCACUAUGGCCACUCUGGAGCUCUACUUGUUUCGCGUUUGGAAUGAUGUGUUGCAGCACAGGCCUUGUGAGGAUGGCACAGUCGUGGGCUGGGAUUCUCGUAGGUGGGGCAUCACCCGUCCCCAGGCCAGGGUCCGGGACGAUACUCUGCAGUGUGUCACGACCAGUACGAAUGCCCGAGACUUCCUCUCAACUGCAGCUCCAUUUCUCUCCACACUGGCCUUGAUCUCUGCUACAGUGAGUUCACCUCCACAGCAAGCGGCGAACCCAGGGGGCCAUGAGGAAUCAGCUGUUAUCACCACAAUCCAUCCCACUACAGCAGCAUCUACUGAACAGAACUCAUCUUACCUCUCUCUAAUAACAGUGGCCCCCACCACUCUCACAGGAAACCAGACUGCAUUCAGCACUUUGUCCACAGAUUCGACAGUGGUGGUGCAGUGCAACCUUUCCCAGUUCUGUGACAACAAAGCAUCAAACUACUGGAUGUUUGUCAGUGUUGAGGUGGAGGGAUCCACUAUGAGUGAGCAAGAUGUCAAGGCCUGGUUUUCAGACCUUUUCAGGCCUGAAUGUGGUCUGAACUCAUCAACCACAUUAGCCACAAAUUCCAAUAACAUAUCAGAUGGAAUUACAACUGGAACAGCAAGCACUUCAACUUUAUGCCAGAAAAACUCCACAGUCGCACUGCAGGACAUUAGCGUGGACUGCGAAGAUGAGAAAGAUUUCAAGAAGACUAAUUGCACUGUGCUGAUUCAGUUAAGCCAGCCCACAGACACAUGCUCCAUGAGGCAGCUCCUCCAGGACCAAAGAAGAAAAUCUUCUUUACAUGUUGAAUUAAUGGGGGAGGUAGAGAGAGUGGGAAAAAACCUGUGCGUGGAUGAGAACAUGCUGCCCCCAGGAGAUGGCUUUGUGUACUGCAACUCCUCCUUGCCUUCCUCCGAAGUCUGCCAGGCUAAGAAACCAGUCAGUGUCACAUGCUCAUAUGAGAAGAAGCGCUUCACCCCUCGUGUCCUGAAUGAGGCCUGUGACAAUAACACACAGAAGCAGUGCAGCUGUAGCAGAUUCUGUAGCGACUCAGGAGCAUUUUAUGCAUUUAGCCUGAACGUCAGCAGCCUUGGUGUUACAUUUGAUGAUGUCAAGAACACAAUUACACAGCUGUUAGUCCCUGAUAGUCCCUGCAGCUCAACCAUCCACCCGUCUCUCUGUAAUGUUUCCAGUCACUAUCAGGGUGUGCACAUACAGUGUCACGGUGAUAGAACAAGGCUGUAUAGCUGUUUGGUAGCACUGCAGCUCAGUCAGCUUCUAGAUCUGUGUUUAGUCAGUGAAGCCCUGGCAGCCCUAUACAAGUCCAGCACCUUCAUCACCUAUGAUGGCACCCUCACUAGAUUAGCUCUGUGUGGUUCAGUCGGUGAUUCUACGUAUAGCCUGUUCAAUUCAAAUUUCACCUGGGUCUCUGCAAACAUCAGUGCUGAACAGUUGUGCUCGCUGAGGCCCUUCUCCCUCAAUACUCAGUAUACAUGUGGCACGGGUCAGGUGCUGUCUGUGCUUCUUAAUGAGAGAUGUACUGUUGAACCUUAUAAGAUUGGAACCCGCCCAAGCCAAACACCAUACACCCCUCCCAGCACAGGUGCCAUUUCCUCAGCUCAAAUAGGCUUAGAACAAAAUGCUUCUUUUCCUAUCACAUCAACAGCCAGCUCAGUGAACAUCCAGUCAAACAGCACAGUCACACCUUUCACUUCUGUAGUUACACCAGUUGAUCCUAUAGCAACAACAGCUACACCAUCCAAUUCUGUGGUUGCACCAAUCAAUGGCACAUUCAUAAAACCCAAUGCUACAGCCUCAUCUCUCAAUGCAACAGUCACAUUAUCUAGUACAGUUACACCAUUCAAUACUUCACUCACACCAGUUGAUCCUAUAGUGGCAUUUUUUAAUGUAACAGCUAAUUCAUCCAGUUCUGCGGUUGCAUCAAUCAAUAGUACACAUGUAAAACCCAAUGCUACAGCAUCCUCUCCCAGUACAACAGUAGCUUUAUCUAGUACAGUUACAUCAUUCAAUAAUACAGUCACACCAGUUGAUCCUAUAGUGGCAUCUUUUAAUGUAACAGCUAAUUCAUCCAGUUCUGCGGUUGCAUCAAUCAAUAGUACACAUGUAAAUCCCAAUGCUACAGCAUCCUCUCCCAGUACAACAGUAGCUUUAUCUAGUACAGUUACACCAUUCAAUAAUACAGUCACACCAGUUGAUCCUAUAGUGGCAUCUUUUAAUGUAACAGCUAAUUCAUCCAGUUCUGCGGUUGCAUCAAUCAAUAGUACACAUGUAAAUCCCAAUGCUACAGCAUCCUCUCCCAGUACAACAGUAGCUUUAUCUAGUACAGUUACACCAUUCAAUAAUACAGUCACACCAGUUGAUCCUAUAGUGGCAUCUUUUAAUGUAACAGCUAAUUCAUCCAGUUCUGCGGUUGCAUCAAUCAAUAGUACACAUGUAAAUCCCAAUGCUACAGCAUCCUCUCCCAGUACAACAGUAGCUUUAUCUAGUACAGUUACACCAUUCAAUAAUACAGUCACACCAGUUGAUCCUAUAGUGGCAUCUUUUAAUGUAACAGCUAAUUCAUCCAGUUCUGCGGUUGCAUCAAUCAAUAGUACACAUGUAAAUCCCAAUGCUACAGCAUCCUCUCCCAGUACAACAGUAGCUUUAUCUAGUACAGUUACACCAUUCAAUAAUACAGUCACACCAUUCAGUCCUGUAUGGGCACCUUUUAAUACAACAGCUAAUUUAUCCAGUUCUGUGGUUGCGUCAAUCAACAAUACAGGCGUAGAACUCAAUGCAACAGCAUCCUCUCCCAGUACAACAGUAGCUUUAUCUAGUACAGUUACACCAUUCAAUAAUACAGUCACACCAGUUGAUCCUAUAGUGGCAUCUUUUAAUGUAACAGCUAAUUCAUCCAGUUCUGCGGAUGCAUCAAUCAAUAGUACACAUGUAAAACCCAAUGCUACAGCAUCCUCUCCCAGUACAACAGUAGCUUUAUCUAGUACAGUUACACCAUUCAAUAAUACAGUCACACCAUUCAGUCCUGUAUGGGCACCUUUUAAUACAACAACUAAUUUAUCCAGUUCUGUGGUUGCGUCAAUCAAUAGUACAAGCGUAGAACUCAAUGCAACAGCAUCCUCUCCCAGUACAACAGUAGCUUUAUCUAGUACAGUUACACCAUUCAAUAAUACAGUCACACCAUUCAGUCCUGUAUGGGCACCUUUUAAUACAACAACUAAUUUAUCCAGUUCUGUGGUUGCGUCAAUCAAUAGUACAAGCGUAGAACUCAAUGCAACAGCAUCCUCUCCCAGUACAACAGUAACUUUAUCUAGUAGAGUUACAUCAUUCAAUAAUACAGUCACACCAUUCAGUCCUGUAUGGGCACCUUUUAAUACAACAGCUAAUUUAUCCAGUUCUGUGGUUGCGUCAAUCAACAAUACAGGCGUAGAACUCAAUGCAACAGCAUCCUCUCCCAGUACAACAGUAACUUUAUCUAGUACAGUUACACCAUUCAAUAAUACAGUCACACCAUUCAGUCCUGUAUGGGCACCUUUUAAUACAACAACUAAUUUAUCCAGUUCUGUGGUUGCGUCAAUCAAUAGUACAAGCGUAGAACUCAAUGCAACAGCAUCCUCUCCCAGUACAACAGUAACUUUAUCUAGUACAGUUACACCAUUCAAUAAUACACUCACACCAGUUGAUCAUAUAGUGACAACUUUUAAUGUAACAGCUAAUUCAUCCAGUUCUUUGGUUGCAUCAAUCAGUAAUACAGUUAUAGAACCCAAUGCUACAGCGUCCUCUCCCAGUACAACAGUAUCUUUAGCCAGUACAGUUACACUAUUACAUACUGCAGACACACUAGCUAAUAUUACAAACACACCACUUGAUUCUACAACUUCACUCAGUAAUGCACACAUACCAUACAAUACAACAGUCAUGCAGAUCAAUGAAACAUCACCACAUACAAUGCAACAUAAUACAACAGGCUUACAACAAAUCUCUACACAGACAAAUGUAACACAAGCAAACACAACCAUUUCUUCAGUUCUAAAUACAGAUUCUAGCUCUCUAGUCAGUUUACUCUUUAAUACAACAAUGACGGAGCAAAACACAGUACACCUCAAUACAACGACCCCUCUAUAUAACAUUACACAGCUUAGCACAGCAGACACAACACAAUUUAGCACAAAAGUCUCAGAAAUCACAACACAUUUUGGCACAACAGAUCUUUCUCAAAACAGUUCACACUCAAAUGCAACAGCACGUGAUCUAAACACAACCCUGCCAAAUACUACUGCGCAGUCUGAGAACAUAACACAGUACAAUACGGCAGUAACUCUGAAUGCAACUACUUUCAGCACUGCUGAGUCAUCCUGGAGCACAACACAGCCUCAAACAGCUACGAAUGCAACUGCAUCAGUGAAUAUCACAUAUCUGAGCACCACAAGCGCAUCAAUUUACACAACACACCAUCAAAACACAACAGCAUCAGUGAACACAGCAUAUCUAAACAACACAAAUGUACCACGUUACACAACAGCAUCAUUCCAAAAUACAAAUGCAGCACCUUCAAGCAGUGUAACACAUGCAAGCAGCAUAAGCACAAAUACCAGUUCACCACUUUACACAACAGCAUCAUUCAAUAACAUGACAGAAUCAACAGCGUCAGUGGAUAUAACAUACACUAAUACCUCAAGCCCACCACUCAACACAACAGAGCAUGAUUCAGCACACCUAAACACCACAAGCCAACCAUUCUACACAACAGCAUCAUAUCAUAGCACAACAGAAUCAAAUGACACACUGCAUGUUACAAAUGCAACAGCAUCAUUGAGUGCAACGCAUCCAAACGCUGCAACCUCAAAUACUUCAAGUUCUCCACUUUACACAACAGUCUCAUUUGGUAACGUGACAGAAUCAAUCACCAAUGCAAAUGUUACAAGUGCACCAGCAUCAGUCCUUAUAACCCACCCAAAUAAUGCAACAGUGAACGUCACAAGCCCCCAGUUUUACACCUUGGAGAACACCACAAGCUCACUAAUUUACACAACAGGCAAUCAUAAUGCAACAGUGAACACAACACAUUCAAACACCCCGAGUUCACCACUUUACACAUCAGCAUCCAACACCCCAUUGAAUGUUACAUUUGCAACAGCAUCAGUGAAUACAACACACCCCAAUGCCACAAGGCCACCACCACUUUACACAACAGCAAAUCUCACAAGCCCACCAUUGUACACAGUAGAGAACACCUCACAAUCAAACACCACAAUUAAUCAGCUGAACUUCACAGUCUUUAAUGCAAUGAGCACAACACAAACUGCUCAGGAGAACACCACACAGUUUAAUACCUCAGCCUUUGUGCUCAAUGUUACAGCUCCUAACACAACAGAUUUCAUGCACAAUGCCACACAAGACAUUACAACAGUACACCCAUUAAACACAACAGAAUUCAGGACAACGUUAAAUUCACUAAACUCAACAGCGAUCAAUACCACAGAACCCCAAAAUGCAACACAACAUAACAAAACAGACAGUUUUAAUGUAAUACAAUCCAAUACCACAACUUCAGUACCUCCCACAACAUGGAUCAACACCACAGAAAUGGUGAAUUUCACCACAGAUGUCAAUUUAGAACAAAACACCACUGCUAGUGUCCUUAACGCAACACAAUUUGAUAUCAGAAGCAUGAUACAGAAUACUACACUAGACAGUGCUCACAUUAACAAUAUCACAUCAGAUACCACAACCACAGUAAACACGACCAACCCCAUUGAUAAAGAUGGUUCUGCCACACCAAAUACAACAUCAAGUCCUUCCAUUAGCUUGGCCAACCUGGCCAGUAACACCACAGAUACUGCAAAUAAUACAACACCCAGCCCAGACAGCAUCACAGAGGCCCAGCCCAGCAUGACUGCCUCUGACAAGGUCUUGACAACCUUGGGUACUACUGUAGUCACCAGUACAGAGGCUACAACAAGAAGUACCAUUGCUACUGUUCCUCCUCAACCAGCAGUGCAGACCACUACCACCACUACCACCACUAAAAAAACAGAAACCACAACAUCAGGUAGUCCUGAUGACUUGGCCAAUCAGCUUCUAAACCAGACUCUGAACCAGGAUAUGUCCACCCUGAACGCCUCUCAGCUGGAACAGCUGGUCAACGGAGUAGAGAACAUGCUGUCUGGACCCAACAUCAGCCUGGAACUGGGCCAUAAAGUGCUGUCUCUCAUUGACCGCCUGCUCGGAAGUUCCACAAAUGCUAUGGCCUCCUCCUCCAACCGCUUGAUCAAGGCUGUGGACAUGCUGGGCUUGAAGCUGUUCAUUCAGGACAAGAAAGAAAGCAUGUCAGUGGGGUCACUCGCUCUGAUGGUGACAAAAAUCGAUGGAACCAACUUCAUGGGAGCAUCAUUCUCAGUCACAGAUCCAGUGUCCUUACAGGUUAACAGUAGGAGAAGAAGAUCUGCGAGUUCUCCUCUGGGUUCCAUCUCCCUUCCUGCCUCUCUAACAGAAAACCUCUCCCUGGUAGAGCAGCAGCAGGCUUCACGGGUUCAGUUCACCUUCUUCAGUAAGAGCACCCUGUUCCAGGAGAAAACAAAGGUUCCAGGAAAAAACCUGACGCUUAACAGCCACAUUCUAGGGACGAGUGUAGCCAACCUGUCCAUCAAGGGGCUGAGGGAGAACGUCGUUUUCACUCUGAGGAAUGAAGCGCCUGUAAUAGGAAACCUGACCUGUGUUUUCUGGGACUUUGAAAAAAAUUACGGAUCAGGAGGCUGGAAUAACACUGGAUGUGCCGUCUUGAACACCAGCACAGAGAAUGAGACCGUGUGCAGCUGCAACCACCUGACUAGCUUUGCUGUGCUAAUGGACCUGUCCAGAGAUGUGAUCACUGACCCAGUGCAGGCCACCAUCCUCACCUUCAUCACUUACAUCGGCUGUGGCAUCUCUGCCAUCUUCCUUGCUGUCACUCUCCUCUCCUACCUGGCCUUUGAGAAAAUCCGGAGGGACAUUCCGUCUAAGCUCCUGAUCAACCUGUGCUUUGCACUUCUACUGCUGAACAUGGUGUUCCUGCUGGACUCAUGGCUGGCCCUGUAUGCUGAUGCUGUAGGCCUCUGCAUCUCCACAGCAUUCUUUCUUCAUUACUUCCUGCUUGCCUCGUUUACCUGGAUGGGUCUGGAGGCCCUGCACCUGUACCUCGCCAUUGUCAAGGUCUUCAACAACUUCAUGUCCCAAUACAUUCUCAAGUUCGCUCUGGCAGGAUGGGGUGUACCAUUGCUGGUUGUCAUCAUUGUGAUCGCUGUGGACAAAAACAACUACGGCCUCAUUACGUAUGCAAAGUAUACUGACGGGACCACAGAUGAUUUCUGCUGGCUGAAGAAUAACACUGCCUUCUACGUGGCGGUGGUGGCCUACUUCUGUGUGAUCUUUGUGUUCAACAUGGUCAUGUUUGUGGUGGUCAUGGUCCAGCUGAGGCGCAUCAAACGUCAAAAUCCCCACAAUAACCAGUACCGCAGCGGGCUGCAGGACCUGCGCAGCAUCGCUGGCCUCACCAUCCUGCUCGGACUCACUUGGGGCUUUGCUUUUUUCGCCUGGGGAGUCGUCAGCCUGGCCUUCAUGUACCUCUUCACCAUCUUCAACUCUCUACAGGGCUUUUUCAUCUUUGUGUUCCACUGCGCAGUAAAAGAGACCGUCCGCAGACAGUGGCGAACCUACCUCUGCUGUGGCAAGUACAGACUCGCGGAAAAUUCAGACUGGAGCCGGACAGCCACUCAGAACACCACAAAGAAGACGUCACUCGUCACUGCAAACUCAGGCUCUCGGACUCAGACUGCUUCUAGAAGCUCCUCACUGAGCACCAACAGCAUACCACAGUCAAACAACUCAUCCACGGAGGACAGUACGUCCACAACCAUGGAGGGAUCCAGCGGCGACGUGGUUCUCAAUGAGAUCAACAGCCAGCACAGACCACUACAUAGAACCGAUUGAUGUGUGACCGUGGCCUAGUGGAAGUAUUAAGGUGAUACAAUCAGCGGAAAGAUGGCCAGGUUACUGCGAACAGAGGCCUUCAGAAAACAACAAAAACACUGUUCUAGAUGACACCUACUGAAAUAUUCCAUAUGUGCACGUGACGCUUUCUGGAAGAUCAGCAGUCGUGCUAUUUCAGUAAUUUGCAUUUAAGCAGAUAGACUUGAGAUCUUUUCAGAGGAAUAUGCCUCACAUGGCUAUUUUCUUUUUUAUUUUAUUUUAUUUUAUUUUCAACAUACAUUUGUGGCCUUUCACCCUCUGUCUAGUUUGCCGGACAGUCCUCUGAAGAGAUGUGAGCCAGUCCAGUUCAGCUGAAGACAACAAGAUGCACCAGGACAAGUUGUGAGGUUCAAACAGGGCAAACUGAAAUGGACUGUUGCAUUUUAAGCUGGUGCCGGGCGUGAGCUGACCAUAUGCAGGGGUUGACAAUAAGCAGUAAAGACAUGUGGACAAUCUGUAACAACUAAUCUGUGAAAGAGACCUACUGUAUCUCCCCACUUAUGUGAAGAAACUUGAAGAAUGAGGAGCUUUCACUCAUUUUCAGAAAACAGUAUUAAACACUACCUGCUGAGGCUUCAGAGCUCAUAAUGUAGACUGAAAUAUUGCCUUGUGUAUGUUUUUGUUCAUUCAUGCUUUUAUAUAAUAAAACAUUCAUAUGAAGAUACAGUAGCACUUUAUAGCUUACAGAUUAGCACAAUUAAGGUAAUGUCCAGUAUAUGAAUAUUGAGGACAUGCUGAGCACAAUAAACAAAAUUAUCAUAAAGCAUAAUUCCACCUAAUAGUUAAAAAAUUCUUACAUAAUUCAGUUGUUUAGAUGUAAAGAAAGUCAUUCAAAGUGGUUUAAUGUAACUGUCCUGCAAAAUGACGAGUGAACGUGCCUUUUGAGUUUUGUGUGUAAAGUUUAUUGCGGCAAAAUUGUGGCAACUUCAAAAUAAGCUUUCUUUGGGGACUAUUUUGCCUGAUAUACCCCUCUGCCACUUUUGAAAAUGAAUUUUAAAAAUACAUUUUAGGCCAAAAGCUUCUCUUAAAUCUAUUGUAAAUCAGUGAUUCAUGCAUCAGGCAACUUUCGGUGAUAAAACCUUUUUUUCGGGCAUUAAACUUUUCAGACAUUUGGUUCCUUUCACCAUCACUGUGAACAAGUCUGAUUCUGAAAGUUUCUCUACUCUUUUCUGAAUGACUUUGUUGACAUCUUAAUGAUGUAUUUAUGCAGAGAUUUUGACCAGUUUCAGAAAGAAGCACAGGAUGAAUGUUCUCUUUUUCCAUUAUAAUUGCUAGUUAGUAGUUAACUAUUGUUUCUUAACUAAGAGCCAUUAUUUUAUAUAUAUUUUGUACUAGAUAUAAAUCCAUAUUCUGUAUUUUUGACUGACUUUGCAAAAAAAUGUACUAAUUUUCAACUAUGUCUAUGUUUUAAAUAAACUAAUUUAAUUAA